ACUCGUUUUUUAUUGCGGACUUCGCCCUCGGACACGGCUCUGGUCCUGGUUUGCACCGGCAGGUAGAAGUCCUUAUUAGGGGCCGCGUUUCCGGUGCGUCACGGCUGACUCUGAAGCUCCGACUUUGACAAGAGCAGCGGCGGCAGCAUCUGCUCCAAAACAAGCGCGGAGGGACAGGAUGGGUGUCUUCUGGGGGAGUUUCUGCUUUGUUGUCAUAGUCUUCACCGACAGAAUCUGUGUGUUGGAUUCCUUCAACGUUGGAACUGCAGAUGCAAAGAUUUUCAGCGGCUCGGCAAGCGAGGAGUUUGGCUACACAGUCCAGCAAGCAACAAACAGUGAUGGCAAAUGGCUCUUGGUUGGUGCUCCUUGGAGUGGAUACAGUAAAAACAGGAAAGGAGAUGUUUACAAGUGUCCAGUCUCAGGAUCCACAAACAGCUGCGCCAAACUCAGCUUUCAAGAUUUGGUCAAAAUUCCAGAUGUUACAAAUAUCAACGUUAACAUGUCUCUGGGUUUGACUCUAACCCCCAUGAAUGCAGGACUACUGACAUGUGGACCUCUGUGGGGACAGCAGUGUGGCGAUCAGAACUUCUACCCGGGGGUUUGUGCAAAACUGGAUGCGACGUUUAAGCUGCAAUCUGCCUUCUCCGAUGCUGUUCAGAAGUGCGGGGGGCCGAUGGAUAUUGUGAUUGUGUUGGAUGGUUCAAACAGCAUUUACCCCUGGGAACCAAUGAGGGAUUUUGUGUUGAAGCUCAUACCCUCCCUGGACAUUGGGCCCCAGAGUACUCAGGUCAGUGUGAUUCAAUAUGCAAUUUCUUCCGAGUUUGUAAUCCGAAUGAACGAAUAUGAAUCCAAAGAGCAGCUGUUGGCUGCAGCAUCCAAAAUCACACAGAUGUCCGGCACUAUGACCAACACCUUUCAUGCCAUCGAGUUUGCCAGUCAGUGGGGUUUCAAUGAAAUAUAUGGGGGCCGACCCGGGGCUUCCAAAGUCAUGGUGGUCGUUACUGAUGGCGAGUCUCAUGAUGUAAACAAACGUGAAGCGGUCAUCGCAGAAUGUGAGAGGAAAGGCAUCACUCGCUUUGGUAUAGCGGUUUUGGGUUAUUACAUAAGAAAUAACUUUGACACAGGCAAACUCAUUGAAGAAAUCAAAUCCAUCGCCAGUUUCCCCACAGAGAACUUCUUCUUCAACGUUUCAGAAGAAGCCGCUCUUUCCAGCAUCACUGGAACUCUUGGCAACCGCAUCUUCAAUAUCGAGGGUACUGGAAAAGGAGCCGACAACUUCCAGAUGGAGAUGUCCCAGGUUGGAUUCAGUGCUCACUACUCCAGUAAGCAGAAUGUGACAAUGCUGGGAGCAGUGGGAGCGUACGCCUGGAGUGGAACCGUCAUCCAUCAUGCAGAGACAAAUGUAAACAUCCUCCCUUCCUCAGCCUUUGAGAGAGCCUUACAGGACAGAAAUCACAGCUCACUGCUGGGUUAUUCUGUCACCACAAUAUCUGACGGCUCUGCAGAAUUCUUUGUUGCCGGAGCGCCUCGCUCAAAUCACUCGGGUCAAGUUCUUGUGUACACCAUCAACGCUCAGAAGCAGGCGUCUGUCAUCGACUCACAGAGAGGGAAGCAGAUCGGGUCGUACUUUGGAAGUGUGCUGUGCCCUCUGGAUCUGGACAUAGACGGGGUGACCGACCUGCUGCUGGUGGGGGCUCCCAUGUACAUGGGGGAGCUGAAGAAAGAGGAGGGAAGAGUGUACCUCUUCUCUGUCAACAGGGGUUUUCUGAACGAGCAGGGGUUUCUCAGCGGACCUCCCCCCACUGCGAAUUCUCGCUUCGGGACAGCCAUCUCUGUCAUCCCUGACCUUGACUUGGAUGGUUACAGCGACGUUGUGGUUGGAGCGCCGUUAGAAGAUGGAGGGAGGGGUGUGGUUUACAUCUACAACGGGGAAAAGAAGACGUUAAAGAAAGAGUUUUCACAGAGAAUUGUUGGCUCCAAACUGGAUGCUCAGCUUCAGUAUUUUGGGAGAGCUCUUGACAGCACCAAGGAUCUGAACGGAGACUCCAUCCCCGACAUCUCCAUCGGGGCUUAUGGCAAAGUAGUGCAACUCUGGUCCAGAGGUGUGGCCAGUGUGACCGCUUCAGCCUCCUUCAACCCGGAUAAAAUCAACAUUUUCAACAAGCAGUGCAACAUCAAAGGCCGCAUGCUUACAUGUUUCGACACCGAGCUGUGCUUAACUGCUUCCUUCAAGCCCAAGAACCCCACGGGACAGAUCGGCAUUUUCUACACUCUAACUCUCGAUGCCAGCCUGCAGGAUUCUCGUGUGACCUCAAGAGGAAUGUUCACUAAAACCAAUGAGCGCUACAUAAAGGAGAAAGCACAGAUCUCAUCGACACCUCUGUGUCAACACUUUGAGGUUUACGUUCAGGAAACCCCCGACUUUGUAAACUCCUUGAGUUUGAAGGUGGAGGUUGAACAGCAGAAUGCAGAUGGGAAUCCGGUCCUGGACAUAUUUUCCCCCAGUGCUUUUCACUUCUUUAUCCCUUUUACAAAGGAUUGUGGGUCUGACGAGGUGUGCAUGAGCGACCUGGUGCUGAGCGUGAAGACGGACACGAAAACUUCCAGCUCUGGUCCAACUUUAGUCGGCGCCAACAACCAGGAUCUGUCAUUUGAUGUUUCUGUGAAGAACAAACAGGAGAACGCGUACAACACUCGAGUGUCGGUCAAGUAUUCUGACAACCUCUUCUACUCCACUUUUUCUGCAGCUGAGGGAGUCCAGUGCACGUCCACACAGGCAGACGUUGUUACGUGUCAGGUGGGAUACCCGGUCUUAAAAAAGGAUCAAGAGGUGAAAUUCUCCAUCAAGUUUAAUUAUAAUUUAAAUCAGUUACAAAACAAAGCUGAGGUGACGUUUCAGGCCAAAAGUGACGGCGGAGAGGAGAAUCCUGCAGACAAUGAUGCGUUCAAGUCCGUUUCCCUUCAGUACGACACGGGAAUUGUACUCUCCAGGCAGUCCAAUAUCAACUUUUAUGUGGCAGAUACAACCAGUCAAGUGGUCUCAACGGUGGAGUCUGUGGACGACAUCGGCCCGGAGUUUAACUUCACAGUCAAGGUUUCUACAGGCUCGGUGCCCGUCAGCCUUCUGUAUCUGACCAUCGGUCUGCCAGUAGAGACUAACGGUGGAAAUCCUCUCCUCUAUUUGAUCGAUGUGAAACCUCAAGGAGGAGGUUCUGUUAACUGUGACUCCAGUCAACUUAUUGAUCCUCUGAAAAUAGCAGAGAAGAAGAAACGCUCAGUUUCUUUCACCGAGGAGAGCCUGAGAGGCAUGGAGAAGCUGGACUGCAAAAGUGCAAAAUGUGCAAACAUUAAGUGUAUUCUCAAAGACACCCGCGUUUUGACCCACUACUUUGUGGAAGUGAAAACAAGGAUCUGGAACGGCACCUUUAUGACCGCCACCUACCAGACCAUCGAGCUGACCUCCAGUCUGGACGUGGAAACCACCGACCCAAACCUGCUUGUUAUCGGACUCAAACAGCUUCCUGUGACCCUGACCAUCAGCAAACCUGGAGAAACGGCUGACGUUCCGGUGGGCGUGAUCGCUGGCAGCGCCAUCGCCGGCGUGCUGUUGUUAGCUCUGGUUGUUGGGGUGCUCUACAAGGUCGGGUUUUUCAAAAGAAAGUAUCAGCAGCUGCAGAAGGAGGCGGAUGACGACGAGCAGAGCCAAGCACACCCCAACGAGGUUCUCUGAGCCACAGAGGACGAGCUGCACACCUCUCUGUCAGCUGGACGUUUUCAGAGUAAAUAUUGCUUCAUCUUGGGUGCAAAGAGACAAAAGCUCAGUCAAAGCGGCACUUUAAAGCACUGGAAGCUGUUGAAUAUGAGAAUAGCAGAGAAAGUGCGCUUUAAAGACCCACUCUGAUCAUCUUUUGAUGUGUUUUAAAAGGGUUCCAGGUGCUCUUUUAAUCAUGAUCAAGCAGUUUUUUGCCAAUUUUUUAAUUUUAAAAAGGCGUUUUUUAGGACAUAGUUUCUGCAGAGCGGCAGGAGUUCAUUAGAAAUUUGUCUCUGAGUUGUGGGCGGAGUAAGCCCACCCACACUUCCCGUUACUUUCUCUCGCCUGUUGCUCAGAUGAGACGUACAUGGAUCUAUUCGUCUACAAGAGCGGAGAAGAACAAGGAGACUGUAGCGUAUCUUCUGCAUACGAUCUUCUUCAAACUUAAUUUUUGUAAUCUGCUCCUGAGUCACAACAAUUUCAUAGAAAAGAAAAAGUUAUAAAAUCUUAAUUUUCUUUUUAAACGUCCCCCAUCAUGAGAAAAAAACCACAAGAACUUUUUAAAACACAAUUUUCAUCGGAAGUUUGGUCUUUAAACUGUUUGAAAUUACUUAAAUAAGGCUUUCGAGCUGUUUUUACUUCAACAUCACAACUGUAAAUAUCUGUCUGUCAUUACGCUGAAGUGCAUCAACAAUGCCUGAGUUUUACACUGCAACCACGUCUACUUUACUCAGUCUGGUUUGAUAAAGAAAAUUACAUAAAAGUACUGAGAAACAAAUGAUAAAAUCAGAAAUAUUACAGCUGCAGCUUCUUUGUUGCAGAAACUCCUGGUUUCUUUUUUAUUUUUGACUCUCAGGGUUUCUUUUACAGCAGAAUAUCUCAGAGUCUUAAAAGUAAUUAAUUAAGUGAAACAAAGAAAUUAAAAUGUUUAAAAAUAAUGUAUAUAUUCUUUAAGAGUAAGGUGGUAUGUUUUAUACUUGUGCUUGUAUUUUUGCAGGUUUCACUCUCUUGUUGGAGUUUGUUGAUGUUUUCAUGGAGGUUUGAAUAGAUCAAAUAAUAGUUUAUUUGGAUUUUUCUUAAAAACAAAAUCCAGUUGAAUUCAAGAAUUGUUGAAUUAUUGGAUGAAGACAAUAAAAUGAUCAGUAUUAGAGCACAAAACAUUAAAAAGAUUAAUCUAUGAGGUAGAAUUUCUCAAAACAUGAGGGUAAAUAUUGUCUACUUUAUUAAGUACGCAGCAGCUGAAAACCUUUUUACAUUAACAGAUUUUUUUAAGAAGUACUUGCUCAAGUUUGCCACAAGGUGGCAGCAUGGUGUAGAUUUUAAUGGCUACCUUGUAUAAAAGCUUUUUUGAUUUCUGAUUAAGAAGGGCUGUAUUUUUUUGUUUCUUUUUUACCUUUUCUACACUGGAAUUGUAUUACUUUUGUGGCACUAGAACUUGAACCACUUUUAUUGAAUUACAGCUCAAGUGAGAUUUUUCCUGAUUUUCUUCCAUAUUAUUAACUGUCAUGCUCUCCCACAGUUAGCUUCGUUUGUCCCUGGGCUGUUUUGGAAUGUGUUUCUGACUGUUUUUCUUUCCAGCCAGCCAACAUCAGCACCCAGCAGUCUUUAAUAUUCAUUUCUCUGGUCACAUGGAAUGUGCUUUUUGUCUUUAAUAAGUAGCAUAUUUUGCAGGGGGGGUUGGAGACUGAGCUCGGACUCACCUUGUUCAAGGGGGUAUAUAGGAUUUGAUAAAUGGUGGAGCUGCUCCGUUUCCCAAUUACUCAUGACCUCAGUGUUGUGAAACAGCUUUGGAUUCCAUGUAAAGGUGCACAGGGAGCAAUUUGGAAAUAUUUUGAUGAUUUUUUUUAUGUUUAUCCUUUUGCAAUUUCUGUGACUGUCGGGCACAAAUGAGAGAAACUGAUCCACAGAGCUGUACAAAUUGUUAAACACUUGCAGGUAAAUCAAAGGUGAUGUUAUUUAACAAAUGUCCUGUAUUUGCACUUUCUCAAUGUGUUUGUAUUGAUGCUAAAAUCAUUUGAAAUUAUUUGUUGUUCAAAUAAAUGUUUUAUUACCUUCUCAACUUUGUUAUAUGUCAAGAAAAUACAUGUUUACAUUGGCAGAAGUUUCAGAAAAUACUUUUAUUUUGGAGGAAAUCUUUUAUAUAAUCUUAUAUAUAUCUUUGUUAAAGAUUAUUUAUGUUUUAGCUGGUUGUUCUCUCAUUUAAUAUCAUGAAAUUUAGCAUUUUUUGAUGAAUGUUUUUUCAAAAACAUGAAAGAAUGUCUGGUUUGGGGGAAGAAUGUGUUUUUUGGAAUAUAAUUUCCAUACUCUUGCAGAUUUUCUCAGUUUCUUUCAUGUAAAAAGUCACACUUUAAUACAAAAAGUAUAAUACUUGAACGGUAAAUCUUUAAAUCCUCUGUGGAAAACACUGCAACCUCUGUAAAUGAUUUGCUGUCCAAGUCUGUUUGAACCCGGUUCGGUUCCGAUCCAAAGACCCGGAGCCCUGUUGUUCCUGCGCUCAGAUGUCACCGAGGGCUUCUUGACAACAGGCGUUACAUUAAAAUUCAUUGCAGGGCAGAGACGUCCUUUCAUGUCAGAAAGUGUUUUGGAAACUUCGACCCUUCAAAGGGACGGAUCUCGCGCUGACACAAGACACUGGACGCUUUUCUGAACCUAAGUUGACAUCAAGUGUUGGGACCUCUCUCCGCGUUGACAGAUGCUGGGGACACAAGAUAAAUGAAGGCCUGAACGGUCUGAACCGCAUUUGAUUUUGGAUCAUGAUGGGGGGGUUCAAGCUGAGGUCAGAACAGAUUUUCAAAAAUUGCUUCGUUAUAGAAAUAGACAGCUAAACUGGUGAAGAACAACAGAAAUAAAAACGUAUUUGUAUGUUUUCUUACUAUCUUAAUAAAUC